AAGAUAAGUCAUUUCAAGUCAUCUGGUUGUUGACUCUACUAUUUGCUUCCUUGAUUGUUUGACCAAAUUAAUUGUUUCCUACAUUAUGGAUACUGUUUCAUCGCCUCUACUCUACGCUUCAAGGUCUGAUGAAAUGGAAACAUAUGCAUCAGAUACAGAUGAAAACGACGAAAAUGAUGAAAAUGAGGAGAAUGAUGAAAACUGUGACUACGAUGACUAUUAUCGUAUGAGUGAAUUAGAAAAUGAACUAGAUUUUCUCCAAGGAGGUGCUCAAUGCAAAGAUCCAGAGUUUUUUGAAUAUGAAUGUUUGCCCAUUCAAGAAGUGGAUCAAUUGUGGAAUGAAACUGUUGAAUAUAUCUGUAAAACUCUCCAAGUUAGCCCGUCUAAAGCAAAGGUGUUAUUGUAUCGUUUUAGAUGGAACUUGGAAAAAAUCAAAGAGAAAAAAUCAAAUAGUGCAUCUGAUGAUGAAACAACCAAUGAAACUGAUUCCAACUUUUAUUCUAAUGGUACUAACGAAGAACUUGAAGGAACACAAGACCCCAAAACUUGUCCAAUUUGCCUUUGUUCAGAAAGUUCGGAUUGUAUAGGACUCACGUGUGGUCAUCUAUUCUGUAGUGAAUGUUGGACAUGCCAUAUAGAAACUCAAGUGUCUGCUGGUGCAACAAUAGGUAUUGAAUGCAUGGCCCAAAAAUGCAGUGAAUUGGUACCAGAAGAGUUUGCUUUAGAACAUAUUCAACAAGACGAUUUAAAAGAAAAAUAUAAGAAAUUCGCAUUUGCUGAAUGCGUAACAUCUCAUCCGGAAUUGCGUUUCUGUCCUGGCCUCAACUGUAAUAUAGUAGUAAGAGCACGCGAAAACAAGUCCAAAAGAGUUAUUUGUAAAAUAUGUAAAACGAGCUUCUGUUUUAAAUGUAGUGGUGAUUAUCAUGCUCCUACUGAUUGCAAUAUAAUCAAAAAAUGGUUAACUAAAUGUGAAGACGAUUCUGAGACCGCCAAUUAUAUAUCAGCCCAUACCAAAGACUGUCCCAAUUGUCAUAUUUGCAUCGAAAAAAAUGGUGGAUGCAAUCAUAUGCAGUGUACCACAUGCAAAGCGAAUUUCUGUUGGAUAUGUUUGGGUGAUUGGAAAGCACAUGGCAGUGAAUAUUAUGAAUGCUCUAGGUACAAAGAAGCUACCAAUGAAGAUGGUCAAUCAGUACACAGUGCAGCUAGAGAAGCUUUAAAAAAAUAUCUAUUCUAUUUUGAACGAUGGGAUAAUCAUGCCAGAAGCUUGAGACUUGAAAAAGAAGCUCUAACUCGAAUUAAAGACAGAAUCCAUCGAGAAGUCAUGUCUGGUAAAGGCACAUGGAUCGAUUGGCAAUACCUCUUGGAUGCAGCUGCACUACUGGCCAAGUCACGGUACACUUUACAAUACACUUAUCCAUAUGCCUAUUAUAUGGACUCAGGACCAAGGAAAGCACUUUUCGAGUAUCAACAAGCCCAAUUGGAAGCUGAAAUAGAAAAUCUUUCCUGGAAAUUGGAAAGAGCUGAAGCAACAGAUCGAGGAGAUCUAGAAAAUCAAAUGGAUAUUACAGAGAAGAGGAGAGCGACUUUAUUGAAAGAUUUUCAUGCUGAUUAAUUAAUCUUCUUUUUCUAAAUCGCGAAUCUCUAUUUUUUUGCAAUUCCAAGACGUUGCAAUUUUAAUUAAAAGACCACGAAAUCAUAGGAAAUGAUCUUAAUUUUAAAUCCAUACUUUCUCAUCGUAAAUUUUGCUGCUUAUUGAUAAUUUCAUUAAGUUAUUCUUGAUAAUGUAAUAAUAAACCAUCUU